CCGGCACAGCUGUAGCAUAGGAAAUCCCAGUUGGAUGUUAGGAAGAGGUGUUUCCAUAUGAGGAUCAGGGCCCCGAGUGGUGGAGGAAUCUGGAUCUUUAGAGAUAUUUAAGCUUGGACGGGACAAGGCCCUGCACAGCCUGCUCUAAUUUGACUCAGUUUUGGGUGGAGAGUUGGACCGAGGCUUGCAGAGAUCUGUUCGAGCCGAAAUGAUUCAAUGGUUCUGGCAAACCAAAAGUGUGUCCAUAUGCAUGAUAUUCUAUGUCUGUACAGGGUGUCACAUUAAACUCCGUACUUGCAUAAUGUCUCAUUCAGACUCUUACUUCUGCGGUCGUCAUUUAAGUAGCUUUGCAGAAUUUGGUGCUUGUCCGCUAAUAAAAUGGGCAGUAGAAUAUAAAGACCCCCAAACUUGGAAAAACUGCUUUUGAAUAACUUCAGAAGCAGCAGUAUGGGCAGGCUGCUGAAGCCAGCAAUUUCAGCUGUGUCUGCAGUCUGUUGGUACACGAACCAGCAUUUCUUAAGACGACUCAGUAACUUUUCCACCACCACUGUGAUUCUGAGAUUGAAAAAUCCUGCUGGCUCACCUACAUUUAAGGUGGGGUUUGUACCGGUAUAGUUAAAUCGGGCACGAUAAUGAGUAUCUGUUUUGCUUGCUUCCUCUCCUUACAUGUUUUUCUUUGUUCCAGUCAAAUAUUUUAGCAUACCCUGCAGGCUCAUAAUGUAGUCAGGAAAUGUUGUUUGUGCGGGUAUGUUUUCAUUUGCAGCACUAAAAUAAUAACUUACUGCCUUUGUUUCUGCAUCUCACGGAUCUUGUAGCCUCAGGUGGGAGUAUGAGUGAGUUCCGCAUUCACCAUGAUGUCAAUGAGUUGCUCAGCCUGCUGCGCGUUCACGGUGGGGAAGGAGCCGAAGUCUACAUUGAUCUACUGCAAAAGAAUCGAACACCUUAUGUUACCACGACCGUCUCUGCACACAGCGCAAAGGUAAAAAUAGCAGAGUUUUCUCGAACUCCUGAAGAUUUUUUGAAGAAGUAUGAUGAGCUGAAGUCUAAAAAUACAAGACAUCUAGAUUCUUUAGUUUAUCUACUGUCAAAACUCACAGAAGACAAAGAGACACUCCAGUAUUUGCAACAAAAUGCUAAAGAAAGGGCAGAACUUGCAGCAAAUGCAGCAACCAGUGUCAGCACAAAUUUUUCCAUUCCCUCGUCUACUUCCAAGAUAUCUCUGCAGGAGCUCGAGGAGCUACGCAAGCAGCUGGGCAGUGUCACAGCCAACUCCAGUGUACAGCAGCCUCUUGAGCUUACACGAAAAAUCCUCCGAGAUAAGCAGAACAAGAAGAAUUCUGGUCAGCCCAUUCCAGUAUUUCCAUCCUGGGUGUAUGAGAGACCCGCGCUUAUUGGCGAUUUCUUAAUUGGCACCAGUUUAAGCACUGACACAACAGUACCUAUAGGUACUUUGCCAUUAGCCUCCCAAGAAUCCAUGAUUGUGGAGGACUUGCUGUACGUUCUGAUUGGUGUGGAUGGAAGAUACAUCACAGCACAGCCUCUCGUAGGCAGGCAGAACCGAGCAUUUUCAGUUGAUCCAAACUUGGACUUGUCCAUCAAAGAGCUUGUGACCAGGAUUCUUCCUGUAGCAGCAAGUUAUUCUGCUGUCACCAGGUUCAUAGAGGAGAAGUCUUCCUUCGAGUAUGGACAGGUAAAUCAUGCUCUGGCUGCUGCUAUGCGGACUCUAAUCAAGGAAUACAUGAUACUAAUUACCCAGUUGGAACAUCUUCAGAGACAGGGACUUCUGUCACUGCAGAAACUCUGGUUUUAUAUCCAGCCCACAAUGAGGACCCUGGAGAUUCUUGCUUCGCUUGCUACUUCUGUGGAUAAAGGUGAGUGUAUGGGAGGAUCAACCCUGAGCUUACUCCAUGACAAGACUUUCAAUUACACGGGGGACAGCCAGGCCCAGGAGCUGUGCCUGUAUUUAACCAAGGCAGCCAGUGUGCCUUAUUUUGAAAUUCUGGAAAAGUGGAUAUAUCGAGGCAUCAUUAAUGAUCCGUACAGUGAGUUCAUGGUGGAGGAACAUGAGCUGCAGAAGGAGAAGAUUCAGGAGGACUAUAAUGACAAGUAUUGGGAUCAAAGAUAUACUGUUGUUCAGCAACAGAUUCCCUCAUUCUUGCAGAAAAUGGCUGACAAAAUACUAAGCACAGGGAAAUAUUUAAAUGUUGUGCGAGAAUGUGGACGGGAUGUUACCUGCCCUGUGGCUAAAGAGGUCAUCUAUACUUUAAAAGAGCGAGCAUAUGUGGAACAAAUAGAAAAAGCAUAUAACUAUGCUAGCAAAGUUCUUCUGGAUUUCCUAAUGGAGGAGAAAGAGCUGGUGGCUCACCUAAGAUCUAUAAAACACUAUUUCCUGAUGGAUCAAGGGGACUUUUUUGUUCACUUCAUGGAUCUCACGGAAGAGGAACUUAAGAAGCCUGUAGAUGACAUCAUAACUACGAGGCUAGAGGCUCUGCUUGAAUUAGCCCUGCGAAUGAGCACAGCCAACACAGAUCCUUUCAAGGACGAUUUAAAGAUUGACUUGAUGCCUCAUGACCUCAUUACACAGCUCUUGAGAGUAUUGGCCAUAGAAACGAAACAGGAGAAGGCCAUUAUCAGUGCAGAUCCCACAGAGCUCACUCUCAGCGGUCUGGAAGCAUUUUCCUUUGACUACAUUGUUAAGUGGCCUCUGUCCCUUAUUAUAAACAGGAAAGCACUGACAAGAUACCAGAUGCUUUUCAGACACAUGUUCUAUUGCAAACAUGUGGAAAGACAGUUGUGCAAUGUUUGGAUCAGCAAUAAGACGGCCAAGCAAUUCUCCCUACAUUCAGCUAAGUGGUUUGCUGGUGCUUUCACACUGCGGCAGCGGAUGCUGAAUUUUGUACAGAAUAUCCAGUAUUACAUGAUGUUUGAAGUGAUGGAGCCAACAUGGCACAUUCUUGAGAAGAACUUGAAGCUGGCAUCUAAUAUUGAUGAUGUCCUGAGCCACCACACAAGCUUCCUGGAUAACUGCUUGAAGGACUGCAUGCUAACCAACCCGGAGCUGCUGAAGAUCUUCUCCAAGCUGAUGUCUGUCUGUGUCAUGUUUACAAACUGCAUGCAGAGGUUCACCCAGAGCAUGAAGCUGGAUAAUGAGAUGGACCGGCUCACCUUAGAGCACGGCACAAUGCUGGGCCCACCAACAGAGGAGGAGCGUGCUGAAGAGACUGCGAAGAAGAAGCUGACUAACAAGCUUUUAGCAGAACAUGCUGACAACCUCCACCUGACAUCUGGCUUCGAAGCAACGAUCAACAAGUUUGAUAGCAAUUUCUCAACACAUCUGCUGGACCUGUUGGACAAACUGAGCAUUUACAGCACCAAUGACUGUGAGCACAGCAUGCUCAACAUCAUCUACAGGUUGGACUUCAAUGGGUUCUACACAGAGCGCCUGGAGCACAUGUCUGCCGAGCGCAGCCAGAAGGCAGCUCCCCUGCUUCCCCGCCUGGCCGUACCUGCCCAGUGAAGCCCUGCUGUUGCCCCUUUUAGCCACCCCCUCUUCUGCACCAGCAGAGAACCGGACACUCACUGACUUCAAACUAGGAGUACUCAACCCUCUACAUUGACAGUGCGAGCUGGAAACAAACCGUAAGGGUUGUCAUAGAGAGACAGGGGAGUACUCAAUCUCCUGAAAUGUACGUAAUGGAUUUUCUCUUCUGAGAGGCUUUUUUGUUAAGUCCUUUUUUUUUUUUACUACAUUGUAAAAUGAUGUAUUUGUGUGUUGUAAAAUAAAUAAAAAAUCAGGGUCUGUUAACAGAA